AUGGCAUUCGGUCGCCUCCGUCACCUGGAACGGAAGAUGGAUGCCCAGCCAGAAUUUGCAGCCAAGUACGAGUCCAAGGUCAAUGACUACCUGAAAAAGGGAUACGCGCGCAAGCUCUCACCCGAUGAAGCUACCAACAUCAGCGGCCUUACCUGGUACCUACCGCACUUCGGGGUGUACAAAGUAGCCUUCGGCGAAGACAUCAAAGAGAUGUUCCACCAAGUGCAUAUCCGGGCAGACGACCAGUCGGCACAGUGUUUUCUCUGGCAUGGUAACCGCCGCCAUGGCGACCCUGAGCAAUACUGCAUGCAGUCCAUGAUCUUCGGUGCUGUUUCAUCGCCCGCAUCAGCGCAGUAUGUGAUUAAACACAACGCACAGCAGUUCGCUACUCAGUACCCAGAGACGGCCACCGCUAUCCAAGAGGACUACUACAUAGAUGAUUACUUCGAUAGCCGCAGUACAGAAGCUGAGGCAACCAAGAUGGUGGCUCUGAACAUCAAAGUUCAAGCUCGUGGUGAAUUCAAGGUGUGUAACUGGGUGAGCAGCUUGCACACUGUCCUCCAGAGCAUCGCCCCAGAGCUCCGCGCCGUGGGUGACGUCACGUUCACCGCCAACACUGAGCUGCCAGUGGAGCGUGCGCUAGGGUCGAGUUCGAAAGCAUUCGCAGCAGCUCCCUACCUCAGUGCCGAAGAUUUGGAGGGCAUCGAGAGUUGCCUAGUAUCAGCCAAGGUACGUGUGGCACCACUGAAGCCCAUGUCUAUCCCACGUCGGGAGUUGCAAGCAGCCGUACGCGGCGUCCGUCUUGCCCAGAUGUUGAGAAAAGAGCUCAGAAUCGAAUGGCAGCUUACAGGGUUCUGGACCGAUUCGAGAACCGUCUUGCAGUGGGUACAGUCCGAUGCCCGGCAGCACAAGCCAUUUGUGGCUCCUGGCAUCGAAGAGAUCCUAGAACACAGCACGGCAAAGGACUGGCGCUGGGUGCCGACAGCAGAAAACGUCGCCGAUGAUGCUACUCGGUGUCUCUCUGUUGAAGAGCUCUGUGAGGGAAGAUGGUGCAAAGGCCCUUCAUUCCUGCGAACACUCAAGUGUGAGUGGCCACAACAGCCAUCGCCCCCAGCAACAGCCACCACUGACCCAGAGCGGAAGUCCGAGUUCGCUACUCUAACCGUUCAUGUCGAGCCGCCCACACAGCUCAGCGAAGCCCUGCCUGAGGCUACCAAUUUCAUCGCAGCAGCCAGAGGCCAGAAGAGCGACAUGAAGUCGUCGCCGCAGAUUGAAGCAGAUGAAUUCGAAGCUGUACAACCGCUACUGUGGCGCAAUGCUCAGGCCAAGGCAUUCUCAGAGGACAUCAAUGCACUGGACAACAGACAACCUCUACCAAGCAAUAGUCGACUACGACAACUGACACCUCUGGUGGACAAACAUGGAGUUCUCCGACUCAGGAGUCGUUUGGCGAAAGCCGAUUGUCUCAACCACUCAACGAAACAACCUGUUGUCCUGGCCCCUGAGCAGCCGUUCACAAAGCUACUAAUCCAGCACUACCACCAAGCCGCUGGCCACCAAUGUCAAGAGCUGGUGUUGAAUGAGAUCCGCCAGCGCUACUGGGUCCUGACUGGUCGCUCCGCAGUCAAGCUCUUGUGGAUACUGUCCCAGAAGUGCAAGAAUGCAAGCCGCAAACCGCAAGUGCCGAUGAUGGGCGACCUACCAGCCUCGCGCCUCACGCCCAACAUCCGUCCGUUCGCAACGACAGGAGUCGACUACUUUGGUCCUCUGACAGUGAAGGUGGGACGACGUUAUGAGAAACGCUGUGGCGUGCUAUUCACGUGCCUCGUUACCCGCGCAGUGCAUCUGGAAAUCGCAACCAGUCUUACCAUGGCGAUCCGGCGGUUCACAGCCCGGCGUGGUCACCCCGCCAAGAUGUACUCCGACAAUGGCACAAACCUGCAUGGAGUAGAUAAGGAGCUGUCGACAGCACUGUCGGCCCUGCAACAAGAUCAACUCACCACAGAGCUGACACUGCACAGCAUCCAGUGGCAUUUCAACCCGCCAGCCGCGCCGCACAUGGGUGGAGUCUGGGAGCGUUUGGUGCAUUCGGUGAAGAGUGCCCUCCGGGCCAUCAUGGAUGUGCGUACGCCGUCCGACGAGGUGCUCGCUACAGCUUUCGCAGAGGCUGAAGUCCUUGUAAACAGUAGGCCACUGACACACGUUUCUGUUGAUCCUUAUGAUCCGGAGGCAUUGACGCCGAGUCAUUUAAUGAUCAGCACGUCCAGUCCCAACCACCCCAUCACCGCCAGUACUGAUGCUGAUUUGUGCCUGCGGAAGGGAUGGCGUAUAGCUCAGUGUUUAGCUGACAUGUUCUGGCAGCGAUGGGUGAAAGAGUACCUGCCAGAGCUGUCUCGGCGAACAAAGUGGCACAAGGACCAUGCAAGUGCAGCUGACUUGGCAAUGGAUGAUGUGGUCAUCAUCGCCGACAGCAACCUACCCCCAGGAAGUUGGAUUCGUGGUAGAGUCGUCGCCACUCACCCCGGCAAGGAUGGUCGUGUACGUGUUGUGGAUGUAAAGACUCAGAUGGGUACAUGCCGCAGGCCAGUAGCUCGGUUGUGUAAGCUGGACGUACACAAGCAGCUCUAA